AUGUUCUUAGAUUUCAGUGACGACCAAAUUAAAAUGUUGGAGCCACAUUUAAAGAAUUUGAGCAAGAAUACGAGAGAGAAAGUAAUCAGCCUUUUGAAGCAAAGGGAGUUUUUGGAAAUAGAAAAUAUUGUCAGCAAAAAAAUAUCGGUUCAGAUCUUUAAUGUUCUCUUGAAAAUUACAAAGGAAAUGAACGAAAAUACGAACGUAAACGUUCCAACAAAAGGAAGUAAAAAGAAGGGUGGGAAAAAAAGCAACAAAGACAGCGAAAAAAAAAACGAAAUAGAACAAAAUGUUCGCAAAGACGAUGUUAAAGUUGAUGAAAUUGAAGUUAUCGAUGUAGAUGCCGAUUUUAAUGGAAAAACUCUAGAGUUCAUGGCUGAUGCAAGCGAAUACGCAGGCUUCAAUGAGAAGCUGCGAGUUCUGAAGGAAACAACGGAGAAAAUGCUGAUCGACGCACAAAAAGUGGAAAAUAUGAAUGAGUUAGCAAUAGAUGAGGGUAUAAAGCAUAGAAUCAAGAAUAAGCUGCCGAUACAUACGUACGAGAAUGAAAUUAUUGAGAGAAUACGAAGAAACAAGAUUACAAUUGUUGAAGGCGAAACGGGUUGUGGAAAAACAACACAAGUGCCAAAAAUGCUGCUAAAGUAUUACAACAAGAUAAUAAUAUCGUUGCCACGGAGAAUGGCUGCAAUUAACAUAGCCCGGCGAGUAUCAGAAGAGCUGUGUGUCAAGGUGGGUACUUUGAUUGGUUAUAAAGUUCGUUUUGAUAGUAAUUAUAGCGAUAAUACGCGCGUGCUUUUCGUUACAGAUGGAAUUCUAACUCUUGAAUGUCUAAGCGGCGACAUAAAAAGCUACGAUGUGAUAAUUAUUGAUGAGUUCCAUGAAAGAAAAAUGGACUACGACUUUAUUAUUUCGUACUUUUUGUGCAACAAUCUAUCCAAGCUUGUGUUGAUGAGUGCAACAAUCAAUUCAAAACUGCUAACAGAUGUUUUCAAGGCUGGUUUGGUACAGGUGCCGAUACGGCCUUUCACCAACACGAUAUACUACCUGGAGAAGUCCACUGUAGCACUUGUCAAGAAUGUGUGUGAAACCAUUAGCAUGAUUUGCAAUGAAACCGAUAGCGGUGAUAUUUUGGUGUUUCUGCCCGGUAUAGGUGAAAUUUUGGAGAUUGAGCGGCAGAUCCGGAAUACCACAGUGAAAAUUCCCAAGGUGAUAAAAUUAUGUGCAUCUGUGUCCUACAAGGAACAAAUGAGCAUAUUCGAAAAGAGUGAGAGCAGAAAAAUAAUAUUGUCAACUAAUAUUGCAGAAUCGAGUAUUACUGUGAACGAUUUAACUUAUGUGAUUGAUAGCGGUCUUGUCAAAAAACAAUUCUUGAGGGGAAGCGCAGAGUCUUUGGAGAUUGUGCGAAUUUCUAAGUCACAAGCGAACCAAAGAGCCGGACGCGUUGGUCGUGUGGCCCCCGGCUUCGUUUUUAGAAUGUACACUAGCAGUGAGUACGACAUAAUGGAAGACGAUCUCGAUCCAGAAAUUGUCAAUAGUGAUAUCUCACACCUGCUUCUAAAAUUUAUGAAAUCUGAGCUGGACUUCACGUUAUGCAUGAGAAUACUGGGCUAUCAGAGAAUAAAACUGUUCAAAAUGUCGAUGGUGAAGCUGCUCAAGCUUGGAUGUAUCAAUGUGGACGGGAAAAUCACGAAACUGGGAGAAGAUGUGCACAGAAUACCGCUAAAGGUAGAAAUGUCGAAGACUUUACUUAAAGCGAUAGAAUAUGAUGUUUUCAACGAAGUUGCCAUAAUAUGUUCGGUGCUGAGUAUCAAGAAGUUAUUUUACGAGGAUUCAGACAAGAGAAAGAGCAUCAGCGAUGUCAUGGAGAGCAACUCGAAAAAUAUCGGUGAUCACAUCAGUUAUCUGAAGCUGUUUGUGAUGGCGCUCCAACAGAAUUUUUCGCAGGACUUCUGCAGGAUGUAUUACAUAAAACGGCAGUCUUUGAUAGAAGCGAACCAAAUUUUUGGCCAGUUGAAGCGAAUGUUUGGAAAGGAUAGCGAUAAGACUAAAAUCAAUAAGAUAGCGAAAAAUUGCAGCUAUGAGAAGGUGGUUUUGUCCUUUUGUGAAGGAUACCUGCUCAAUAUAGCGAAAAGACAUAAAGAUUUCUAUCUGUGCAUUUUUAACGAAAAUGAAAAGCUCAAAGUGCAUCCAUCGAGCAGUCUAUUUAAGAAAGAAGUCGAUUUGAUACUUUAUGAAAGGUUGCAGUACACGAACUCAUUCUACAUGGUGAAUUGUUGCGGGGUGCAACCGUCCACAUUACUUAAGUUCGAAAAUUUUUUCAAACUUAGUAACAAAAAGGAUAAAGUUAGCGACCGUUAGGCUACAAGAAAUGGACAAUAAAAUUAUUUAUACAAUC